CAAAUGUUGGUUGGCAGAGGCGAAACCAGGAUAUUCAAUGAGGGGAUUCAAAAUAUGUAGAAAUAGAUAGUCGAAGAUUCCUUUGAACUUGUAGAGAAGAAAUGGCAAUUGGUAUUGUCCCAACAAGUGAGGGUUCCGCGGAUUACAAUGGAAGGAUUACGUGGUUUGUGGUGUUAUCAUCCAUUGUUGCUGCAACCGGAGGAAUCAUCUUUGGUUAUGAUAUCGGAAUUUCAGGAGGAGUGAUCUCAAUGGCGCCGUUUCUGAAGAAAUUCUUCCCAGAAGUGUUCACUAAGAUGACAAAUGUAACCGAAACAAGCAACUACUGUGUAUUUGACAGCCAACUGCUGACCUCUUUCACUUCCUCUUUAUACAUUGCUGGUCUUAUUGCUUCCUUCUUCGCCUCACCAGUCACUCGUACAUAUGGUCGUAGACCAUCAAUUAUAAUCGGUGGAAUAGCAUUUCUCAUCGGUUCUGCUCUUGGAGGUGCAGCAUCCAAUAUCUACAUGUUAUUACUUGGUCGAAUCCUGCUAGGUGUAGGUGUUGGUUUUGCAAAUCAGGCAGUCCCUUUAUACCUUUCAGAAAUGGCACCUGCUAAGUACAGGGGAUCUUUCAAUAUCGCGUUCCAAUUAUGUGUAGGAAUUGGAGUACUAUUUGCUAGCCUUCUUAACUACGGUGUUCAAAAGAUUAAAGGUGGUUGGGGAUGGAGAAUUUCCUUAGCGAUGGCUGCAGCUCCUGCUACAUUUCUAACAGUAGGAGCAUUUUUCCUUCCAGAAACCGCAAACAGCCUAAUUCAACAUGGAAAUGAUCAUCAAAAAGCUAAGAAGAUUCUACAACGUGUACGUGGUACAACCGAUGUCCAAGCAGAACUAGACGAUCUCAUCAAAGCAAGUGACAACUCAAAAGCCGUCAAGCAUCCUUUCAAGCAAAUCAUUAAACGGAAAUACAGACCACAACUUGUUAUGUCAGUAGUAAUACCAUUCUUCCAACAGGUGACGGGGAUCAACGUGAUCUCCUUCUACGCUCCAAUUCUGUUCCAAACAAUAGGCCUUGGCGCGAGUGCGUCACUUAUGUCUGCUGUGGUGACAGGUGUGGUAGGCACCAGCGCGACUUUCUUAGCAUUGUUGAUAGUUGACAGGGUGGGGCGAAGGGCUAUGUUCAGUUUCGGGGGAAUCCAAAUGUUUGUAUCACAAAUGUUGAUAGGGAUAAUAAUGGCAGUUAAGUUAGGAGAUCAUGGAGUGUUGAGCAAGGGGUAUGGGCUAUUGGUUUUGGUAUUGAUAUGCAUAUAUGUUGCAGGUUUUAGUUUUUCAUGGGGUCCAUUAGGAUGGUUAGUUCCAAGUGAAAUAUUUCCAUUAGAGAUAAGGUCAGCAGGACAAAGCAUAACAGUGGCAGUGGGGUUAACAUUCACUUUUAUAAUUGCUCAAACUUUCUUGGCUAUGCUUUGCCAUCUAAAAUCAGGGAUUUUCUUCUUCUUUGGGGCAUGGGUUGCAAUUAUGACUGCAUUUGUCUACUUAUUUCUGCCAGAGACAAGGAAUUUGCCUAUUGAAAAUAUGGAAAGCAUAUGGAGGGAUCAUUGGUUUUGGAAGAGAUUUGUUUGUGAUGAACAAGACUAUGACAAGGGUGACACUACUUAUACUAGUAUAAGUUAAACAUAUUUCAUGUUGGAUAGUUAAUUAUAAGUUUUGGUUUGUAAAUUUCACCCUGCAUAUAGGGGAAUUAUACAUCUUUAGUUUGAUUUUUUCUAGUCUUUUUGUCAAUGUACUCAAUAGUAAUGGCACCUAUUAUUUUCCAUUCAUGAAAAGUGGCUAAUUUGAUAUUUAAGCAAAACA